AUGCCAACUCUUCUACAAUCUCCUCUCCCGCAAGAAAUCCUUUCCCCGCACAUAAGCCUACACCUCUUCCCUUCCACGCAUCCUCAUCUCCCCACGGUCUCCGGACGAGUCGCCUACUCCGCCGCACUCUGGACCUCUCCGAUAGCAUGGGGGCGGGUUCCCUUAGUUGGAAAUGUCAAGUUAGAGAUCCUCUCCGAGCGCAUGAUAAAGUCGCGGUCUCUAUCACAUGCCCCACCCUCUGUAUCCCGGCCCGAGCAACUCAUUGUACGAUGGCGCACGAUCGGGAAGACGAGAGGGAAAGGGACAGGAGCACUCUAUAAGGGCAUUGGGGCGAAGGAUAACGUGGAUAAGAUUACUGAGUGGUUGGGUGGAGGCAAGGGCGAGGAUGACAGCAAGGAGUUUACCGGUUUGUUUAUCUUCGAGUUUGAUGAAGAUGGGAGAAUUCUCAGCCACACGAUAGAGCAUGUACAGGAGGGCGGGAAUUGGGAGAAGGGUGUCGGUGCUCGAGUCGUGGGACUGACCGAUUGGCUUUUAGGUGGAAUGAAGAAUGGCAGAGGGAACGAGGGCGCAGCUUGUCCGGCUUUCUGGGGCGAAGAAGAGGCGCAGGAACAGCAUAAGAAGCGGCGAUAG